AUGUCUUUAACAACGAAAUUUUUGCUGACCCCUUCUUCUGUGGUGCGUCGGGCCUUCUCCACGGCUAUUGCGCGUAAUGCAUAUUAUACCAGUUCUUUGGUAUCUGAUAAACAUAAAUUGGUUGAUCCAAAGGCUAAAUUGUAUGAUUUCCGAAGUGAUACUGUAACUGCCCCUACUGAUGAAAUGUUUGAAAUUAUGAAAAAAGCCUCGAGAAAUGACGACGUCUUCCAGGAAGAUAAGUCUGUAAAUGAUCUUCAAGAUUAUGUGGCUGAAUUGACCGGUCAUGAAGCUGGUCUAUUCUGCGCUAGUGGUACUAUGACCAAUCAAUUGGCCCUUCGUACUCAUCUGGUUAAUCCACCACACUCCGUAGUCUGCGAUCAUCGCGCCCACGUCUAUUUAUGGGAAGCUGGUGGCAUUGCUGUUCAUUCUCGUGCCUCGGUGUCUCCUGUCAUUGCCUCCAACGGUGUGCAUCUUACUGCUCAAGAAAUUGAAAAUAAUCUCCUUGGUGAUGAUAUUUACUCUGCUCCUACGCGUGUCGUUUCAUUAGAAAAUACGCUGAACGGUAUGAUUUUUCCUUACAAUGAAUUAUCUGAAAUCUCUGCUAUGGCUCGUCGUCGUGGACUUGCCAUGCACCUGGAUGGCGCUCGUUUGUGGAACGCUUCCCAAGAGACAGGUGUCUCCUUAUCAGAAUAUGGUAAGCUCUUCGACUCCAUGUCCCUUUGUCUUUCCAAAGGCGUUGGCGCUCCUAUUGGGUCUAUGGUUGUUGGCUCUGCUAAAUUCAUUGAUCGUCUUCGUCAUCAUCGUAAGAUGUUCGGGGGUGGCUGGAGACAAGCUGGUUUCAUGGCGGCGGCUGCUAAACAUGCUAUUGAUACCGUUGUGCCUACCAUGAGGGAUACACACAAAUUAGCGAAAUACCUGGCUGAACAGCUCGUAUCUAUGGGUGUUGACUUGCAAAUUCCUACUCAUACCAAUAUGGUAUUUAUUGAUACUACCCGUCUUGGACUACAAAUUGAGAAGGAUUUGAUUCCUGCUUUGGCCGAACGUAAUAUUAAGAUGGGUGGUAUGGGGCAUAAGGCUCGUUUGGUGUUGCAUCAUCAAAUUGAUCGCGCUGGUGUGGAUUGUCUAUUAGAGGUUGUUAAAGAGGCUAUUAUAGCGAAACAACAAAAAGAAAUAGAUAACGAAGACCUACGGCUUACUACGAGCAUCUAG